CCCCCCCCCCCCACGAGUUUUAGUCUACCUCUACGCAUCCUGUCUCUUGCUCCUGGAGUCUUUUUCCUCUUCGACUGUCAACAUUUUGACUGUCAAAGCUAAGCGUGGACGAACGUUUUGUCAUUGAAAGUGUAAUUGUCAAAACCACGUCGAGAGAAUAGUCAAGAUGGACAAAAAGUCGUUUGAAAUGGUGCUGGAUGAAAUUAGAAAGGCUGUUUUGACAGAGUACAAAUUAAAAGCAAUUGAAUACGUGCAUGGAUAUUUCUCUAGUGAACAGGUGGUUGAUUUACUGAGAUACUUCUCCUGGGCUGAGCCUCAGCUGAAGGCCAUGAAAGCGUUACAACAUAAAAUGGUGGCCGUUCACCCAGCAGAAGUGGUCAAUAUACUCAACUGUUUCACCUUCAGUAAAGACAAACUAGUUGCUCUGGAACUGUUAGCUUCAAACAUUGUUGAUGCACAGAAUUCUCGUCCCAUUGAAGAUUUAUUCAGGAUAAACAUGUCUGAGAAGAAACGGUGCAAGAGAGUGCUUGAACAGGCUUUCAAGGGAGGCUGCAAAGCUCCUCAUGCCAUGAUCUCCUCCUGCGGGACGAUCCCAGGAAACCCGUACCCCAAGGGGAAGCCGAGUCGCAUUAAUGGAGUUUUCCCAGGAACCCCUUUGAAAAAAGAUGGUGAAGAAUGUACCAAUGAAGGCAAAGGAAUAGCUGCGCGGAUUCUCGGACCGUCUAAACCACCUCCUUCCACGUACAAUCCGCACAGGCCCGUUCCUUACCCGAUACCUCCGUGCCGGCCCCAUGCGACGGUCACACCAAGUGCUUACAACAAUGCAGGUCUGGUGCCGUUAGCCAGUGUCAUAGCUCCGGGCGCGCCCCCUCCACCUGCGUACACUCCUAACCCAGCAGGAGCAGAAAACGAAGACCUUUCCAAUCCAUCAAAACCUGUACAGAGUCAAACUUUUUCUGCUCCAGCAAGCCAGCUCUUCACUCCGCACGGGUCUAACCCUGCCACACCCGCAGCGACUCCUGUGCCCACUGUGUCCCCAGUCAAGGCAGCAGGCCAUCCACCGGCAUCGGCCACCGCCCCCGGGUCCGGGCUGAGCCUGCUGAGCACUGUCCUGCCUGUGUUCCCUGGGCAGGUCUCCGCCGCUGCUGCUGCACCACCACCACUGGCGCCAAACCCCACAGUCAUCCGGACCCCUUCCCUGCUGGCUGCCCCGGUCACGUCGGUCCACAGUGCUACAUCCACGCCCGUCCCUUCCGUUUUUCCUGGCCUCGUUCCGCUGCCAGGUCCUUGUGCAGCUGCCGCCCCUCGGGCUCCUGCGCCCAGUGAAGCAUUUGCUUCUACCUCUGCCUCUUUUGUGAGCCUCCCCUUCGCUGUGCCCACAACGGCUGCUUCCACCAGCAACCCGGGCCCUGCACCCUUGUCUUCGGUGUUUGCAGGUCUGCCCUUGCCCUUACCGCCAGCCUCCCACAGCGCGUCCCACGCCCCCCACUCUGUGAUCGCCGGCGGGGCAGCUCCCAGCGUGGCAUGUCCCCUCGGGGUCAGCAGUCCCCUUCUGUCCGCUUUGAAAGGCUUCCUGACGUCCACUGACACCAGUUUAAUCAGCUCCUCUGCUCGGCCCACUGCUGUCACGAGUGGGCUGGCCCCACUCUCCUCGCUGCCCAACCACAACUCAGAUUCUCCUGUGCUGGCCCCCAGCAAGGGUUACCCACCCUCUGCCCUGCCCGUCCGCCAGGGGCCCGCUGCCCCGGGGCUGGCUGUGUUUCCAGGCCUGCCCUCCCCCGUGGCCACCUCCACGUCCUCACCCCCGGCGCUGCCCAUCCAGUCUCCUCUAGUGACUCCAGCCCCAGCUUCCACCUCGGGGCCCGGGAGUGCCGGCUCCUCAGCCCCACUUGUGCACGGCCCACACGCCGAGCCUGUGCCACCCGGCUCUGCUGUGACCGCUGUUCCUGUUACCAUCAAAACGGAGCCCACGAGUCCUACCCCCUCCGCCUUCAAAGGCCCAUCUCACUCUGUGACCCCCUCUCACAGCACUUUAGAUUUGUCGGGGGCUCUGGGCCGUGCAUACCCAUCCACGUCGGUGCCCAUCAGCCUAUCUACUUGCCUUAAUCCCGCCCUUUCCGGGCUGCCCAGCCUGAGCGCGCCCGUGAAUGCCUCCAACCCCCUGGCCUCCGUCGCCCUCGCGGCCCACGGCCCCGCUGCUCCCCUCGCGCCGGUGUUCACCGCGCUCCCUCCCUUUACCUCGCUGACCAGCAGCUUCCCUUUGACAGGGAACCCCUCUCUCAGUCCCUCAGUGUCUCUCCCAGGGACAUUGAUAGCGACCUCUUCUGCGGCCGCCACGUCCGUAGCGACCCCUCACCCCAGCUCCACAGCGGCUGCGCUCUCAGGGCUCCCCGGCGCAGCGCCCGUCUCGGCCACGCCUUUCCCCCUGAACUUGUCCACUGCCGUGCCCUCGCUUUUCUCUGUCGCCCAGGGGUCACUCUCAUCUGCAAACGCCCCCUACCCAGGCUUCUCUGUCUCCAACACGCCCGGCGUGGCCCCUGCCCUCCCCUCGCUGGCGAGGCUGCAGGCGCCCUCCGCGGUCACCGCAGUCGCCCCGCUGCCUGGCACCGCCACUGCGCCGGCGCCCGUCCUCCCUGGCUUCGCCUCCGCGUUCAGUUCCAAUUUCAACUCUGCUCUUGUCGCACAGGCCAGUUUGUCAUCUGGACUCCAGGCUGCGGGCAGCUCCGUGUUUCCAGGCCUCCUGUCCCUCCCGGGCGUCCCCGGGCUCUCCCAGAAUGCGGCGCAGCGCCCCCUGCAGGACCUGCAGCGCGGCGCGGUGGCGCAGGCGGCUCUGCUGCAGCAGGUGCACUCGGCCCCGGCGCUGGAGAGCUACCCGGCCCAGCCGGACGGGUUUCCCGGUUACCCUUCCGCACCGGGCACCCCCUUCCCCCUGCAGCCGGGCCUGUCCCAGAGUGGGUGGCAGUGAACGUGGUUUGUGGUCGCCUUCGGAGCAAUGUCCAAACUGCCCGAGGGCCGCAGGGACCAAAUUCUGCAUUGUGUGCGGUGGGCCAGAAGUCAGGAAACAAGAAUGAAGAUAAUCCCGGGCAACUGGGAUCGAUACGAGUUUUAAAAUAUGAUUGCAUUUUGUAAGAAAUGGUUGUGAUGAUGAACACUUCCCCUGUGUAAAUAUGCCGACAAUGAAUUUUAUGGAGAAUACUAUUUAAAAAGUGUUUGGGGACUCUUCGCCACCCCCACGAGCCUGCCAGUUGUGUGCGCGUGGCGUGUGCGGGAUGGGCGCUGAAGGGGGCCGGAGCUCCCAGAGCCGAACACAGCCUUAAAUCUGCGCGUACGGCGUCUACGGACGGAAGAAAUAGUUGUGCCUCAGCCCCACGGGUCGCACGCGGCCCGGGCAGCCACCGCCCUCGGUGUGUGGGAGCCAUCCCCGCCGGCUUCCAUGUGCCCCUGCGCGUGUCCACGGAAGGGGCCUGGAGACCCGCGGUUACUUCCGAUCACCGACACUGACGAUCAUGCGUGCGCUGCUGAGUUUCUCUCUGCCCGGGUCGGUGGAAAUGGUGCUCACGACAGUCUUUCUUUGGACUGGACACAUGGACUGAAACACGCAGACCUGCUUUCCCACGGAAACCCAAGCCAGGCUUCGACAGUUUGCCUUCAGAACCUACCUACUCUCAGCAAUAUGGGACGGGGACGCGUCCGCCCCGCGUGCGCCCUGGAAGCUCUUGAAUGUUUACAGGCGGGGGUGUGAUUCUGCUUGUCCCUAAGGUCCGAAGCUUAUCAGAAGUCGUCGUCUGGCCGCCGGAGAGGACGCCCCCGUCAGUGAGUGUGCGGCGCGUGCUCUGCGGGAAUCCGGCAGUCGUGCCACACGUUCGACGUCACUGAUUUCAGUGUGUUGACUGCCACCCGGGCGGCGGGGUCGCGGGGGGGACAGGUCUCCGGUCCUGCGGGUGCGAGUGUGAACUAUGGAAUCUACUGUAGUGCGUUUCAGCAUCUAGAAGUUUUAAUUUUAUAAAGAUGGUGUUUGGAAGAUGUUGCUAAUGUAUUUUCCUUCGACAUGGGGAGCAGACUUUUUAAGUAUUAAUAAAUAUUCCUGUAUGGUUAGUUUUUAACAAUUUUUUAAAAAUAAACUUUAUGGAUAUGA